CUCAGCACCGCAGCCCUGCUUCCUCAUCCUUCUUCUCCUGAGCCUCCAGCUCUCCGGCAGCAUGUCCUUCACCGGCAAGUAUGAGAUGGAGAGCGAGAACAACUAUGACGAGUUCAUGAAGCGCCUGGGGCUCCCCAGCGACAGGAUUGAAAAGGGUCGCGGCCUCAAGACUAUCUCAGAGGUGCAGCAGGACGGGCAGAACUUCACCUGGUCCCAGAACUACCCCGGGGGCCCCUCCAUUACCAACAAUUUCACCAUCGGCAAAGAGUGCGACAUGGAGACCGUGAUGGGCAAGAAGUUCAAGGCCACUGUGCAGAUGGAGGGUGGGAAGGUGGUGGUGAACUUCCCCCACUACAACUACACUGCGGAGAUUGUGGAUGGCAAGCUGGUGGAGAUCUCCACCGUUGCAGGUGUGUCCUACGAGCGCGUGAGCAAGAGGCUGGCCUGAGCUAGUAGGCAGGGCUCCGCGGGGGCCGCAAAGCCACCAAUAAAGCGGAUGUAACAACAGACAUUCUGCUCCUUCCAGAGCCUCUGCCUUUGUUCUCUGCUGUCUUGGGGCAGUUCUGGCUGGUGGGGGUGGGAAACCCCUGACGAUGGCUACACAGGCCACACCUUGGCCCUGAGAUCUCUGCGGGACCUGUGUCAUGGCAGAGGGAGACGGGUAUGGACGGGAGACCCCUGGCCCCGGGGAGAGGGCAAAGGCGGUGCUCAGGAUGCAUGGCGGGCACACUUCUGUGGACCCCUCGCCCCAGCCUGCCAUCCACAUUCUGCGUGGAGACCAUCCUUUCAAGAGACAAAUAUCACCUCGGAGGGGUGGCACACUGACUCUCAGAUGGGCCACAGCAAGGUGGGGAAGGGCUCCCCGCUGCUGGGUCCCGAGGCUGCACGGACACUGGGAUGCACCCACCAGGGCUUAGCCAGGGAAGGUGUUUCAGCAUGGCUGUGGCUCUCUGCUAAUCUGCUGUGGAGUCGUUCCUUUGGGUUUCAGUUUACCUGCUGGUACAAGAGGGGGCCAGGAGGACCAAUGAGGAACUGAGGAGAAAUGGGAGUCUAUGAGAUGGCAAAGGGGUUAUGGGAGUGCCAGGCAGGAAGCGAGCUGUCAGAGUAGGGCUUAGACAGGGGGGCCUGGGAGAAACUUGGAGAAGCUGCAGUGGGCUGGGAAAGGUGGUCAGAAGGGUCACUCUGAUCCCCUGGUAGGUGCCUGGAGCCCUGCAUCAGGAAGGAUUCUGAGGCAGCAUUUGGACUGAGCAGGCAUCCCUGCCUGAUUACAGUGUCUGUCCGGGGCAUGGAAGAAGAGGAGGGAGGUCUGCCUGUCCCGUGGCUAGAUAAUCGCUAAUCCUGAUGCGCUUUUUUUCAUUCUCCUCUUUCAUACUCCUUGGGAGUAUUCCCCAUCCGGGUACCACCCUAACUUCUAUUUUAUUACUUUUUUUGGCCGUGCCAUGCAGCAUGCAGAAUCUUUAGUUCUGGACCAGGGAUCAAACCUGUGCCCCCUGCAGUGGAAGCAUGGAGUC